CUUAUGAGUCAUUGAUUCUGAAUGCAUGCUAAUUAAAGGUCAAACAAACCUAAAAAGAGUGAACAAGGCCAAAGAAGAAAGGACAGAGAGGACAGAGAGGUCAUACACAGCCAAGUUAAAUAUUAGGGCUUUUUUUUUUUUUGUAAGAAAGAAAGAAAAGUGAGAAUGGAACGCGAGAACAAAGGAAAAAGGGUAUAAAAGAAAUAAGCAAGGAUGGAAAGACAGAAGAACAGGUUGGACAUACCCAAGAUAAAUAUUCCCUCUGAAAAAGACACCUGAUACUUGGAAAUCUUGCAACAUUAUACAAACAACUCCACUCCCUCCUAGUGUUUGGAAUUAGUAAUCAGGUGAUGUAAAGGAGGGUGUGGUUUUUUGCAUUCAAGACAGACAAAAAGAGGGGAUGAGAGAGAGAGAGGAGGGAGCAUCACACGACAAUAUCCUCAUAAGUGUAUAAAUACCCACGAAACUCAGGGUCGGAGCACAACAGCAACACAAUGAAGUUCGUCAGCUCUCUGACCGGCUCGAUUCUUCUGCGGCUUACAGUAUAUGUGGCUGGCUUUCUAAUCUCAACUCCCUCAGCAGAAGCCUCUGAGUGUGGGAUUCCUGUUCUCAACUCCAGGAUCGUGGGCGGCACUCCAGCGGAGAUGGGGUCCUGGCCUUGGCAAGUCAGCCUGCACUUUUUAGGGUCACAUGUAUGUGGAGGGUCUAUCAUCUCUGCUAACUGGAUCCUGUCUGCCGCUCACUGCUUUGAAACAAGCAAGGACCCCUCUGACUGGAUGGUAGUCCUGGGUCAGGUUGACCUGACCACUCUGGACCCCACUGGCAUUUUGAAAGGGGUGCAGAUGGUCAUCGUGCACCCUGACUUCAAUUUACAGACCAUGGAUAACGACAUGGCAUUACUGGAGCUGAACAGCUCUGUGAGCUUCACUGAUUAUAUCAUGCCAGUCUGCCUGGCCAAAUCCUCCAGCAUCUUCUACACUGGCACUGAGUGCUGGGCUACAGGCUGGGGAGCCACUGCACAGGGAGGUAAGAGAGGAGAGGGGGAGGGAGAGGAGGAGGGAGAGGAGAGAGAGAGAGAGAGAGGGGAACCUGAGUGCUGGAAUGGUGAAACAGUGAAACUCAGAAGCCAUAAUUGCACUGCAGUAUCUAGUUUUUUUUUUUUUUUGUAUAUGUCAAUGCCUUGUCUUUCUAUUAACAUCAUUAUCUUGCAGGGCGACUCCGGCGGGCCGCUAGUUUGCAAGCAGGGCUUCACUUGGGUGCAAGCCGGGGUGGUGAGUUUUGGGAGCGGCUGCGCCCAGCCCGGUUUCCCGGGGGUCUACACCCGGGUGUCCCAGUACGAGGCGUGGAUCCAGCAGUACACCGCUGGAGAAGUGGGGUUCGUCACAUUCGUCAGCACAGAACCAGAUGUCGAUGCAUGCGCAGACAGCCCCCAGUACGCAAUGAGUGCGGCAAACAAGGAGAUGUAUUCACUGCUUAUAACGGCGCUUGUGUCUGUGAUUUGGUCAGUGUGAGCCACCGUCCCCGGUACAUAUACACACACAUUAUCCUUAUCAUAUAUAGCUCUGGCCAAAAGUUUUGUAUCCCCGUCUAUAAUGAACUAAUUCUGCUUCAUACAGUCGAGUGAAAACUGCAUAUUGACUCCUACCCCCUCUAUCUAGAAUGAACUCACUCAGCUUCAUAGAGUCCAGUGAAAGCUGAAUAAUGUUCCCUUG